AUGUGGGGGACUGUUACCGGCAUUGCGGGGAAGGGGGCCGGGUUUGCUGGCCAGGGGCUGUCGAGAGCCGUUGAAGCCGCGUCCUACGUGGGAGAGGUGAUUGCUCCUAUUCCGCAAGAAGACGCCUACGAUGAUCACGACGACGACGACGACGAGGAAGAGGAGGUGGCAUUCUCCCCGCCACCAUCGCCACCGGUGUCAGGCAACAGGAAGAAGCAGCAACACCAACACCAGCACCAACAGCACCAACAGCACCAAAGAGGGGAGGAUUCGGCGGAGCUGACGACGAUGACCUCUGAGGCUGUCAGUGGCGACACACCUCAUCAAGCCGCCGGGCCGCUGAGAUUUGCGGCGGGCUCAGCGGAGGCGGCGAGACAGCAAAGGCGGACGGAGGGGGGCGGGGGGGGCGGUGGCGAGAGCGACGGCGAGGUUGCUCCCUUCUUCUUGCAAGAGGCGGCGGGUGCCGACAGCAGCAGGGGAGGGCGGGGAGGGGGGGGAGGGGGUGCUGCCGAGGGUGUAGCGUUGAGUGCCGCUACCGGGUACGGUGGUGAGACUACCUCCGCCCUUCAGCCGAACGACCAAGGCCCGGAAGAAGGAGGAGGAGGAGGAGGAGGAAGAAGCUUCAUCGCGGCUUCGCCGCCCUCCCCUACCCCGCCGUCGCCGCCAUCGACCAGAGGAGUAUGCAAGGUUUGA